AGGGAGCGAAAGAGAGAGAGAGAGAGAAAGAGAGAGAGCGAGAGCGUGAUCCCCCCUCCUGAACACUCAACUACAAUCCCGUUUACAUCGACUCCCCCCUGCUGUAUUUUGAAGAAUAUUGGAUUACUUUCCGCACCGGAGCACUAACCGAGCACUUCCAGGGAUGGUCAGGUGGUACGUUGGUGUUGAAGUGUGAGGUGUACCAUGGAGCUGUACUUGAGGCUGGCCACUUGCAGAGACAGCAGCCACACAGUGUACAGCAGGAUCGACUUAGGCCCCAUCAGCAUGCAGCUGGGUCCUCAAUAAGGACAAGUGGACCUUGUCCUCUCCUCUUCACCUGGGGCCAGGGCUGCAGAAUGCUCAGUCCUGCCACCCCAUACAGUCUAUUGAAGAUGCACUGGUCUCCGGAGCACGGCGCCCCUUUAUCUCAGUGGCCUGAGCAGCACCUAGAUGUAACAUCCACCACCUCCCCACAGUCUGCCCACAAACAAGACCCCUACAGUACUGCUGCCCGGCGCACAUAUGCCCCUGCUGGGUAUCCUUGGGCGAGUGACGACAUAUCUGCUCUUACGGCUUCUUCGCUGCUCAAGCGAUAUGCGGAGAAGUACUCAGGUCUGGAGUUGUCAUAUGAACGCCCUGCUACAGGCGCCUACUCUGAGUCUGGAAGUUUCCUAAAAACUGAAACCGAGCCCUGGGCUCUGAGCCAAGGCAUGGAUUGCUACCCCGGACUUGAGGCACUAACUGGCUCCAAGGUGGGAUCUGCCUCUGUAGGAAUCCCGGCCACAGGAAGUGUAACAUUAGUGAGUAGUAACUUGGUCACGGAACCAGGUUAUGGUGGCACUACGUCCUGCAGUGCCCCAUCAUCUCAGGAAUACCCUCCUGCCUACAACAGCACCUAUCUGUCGCCCGGAUACUGCCCUCAGCCUGGUGCAGCACUUCCACCUGCCCCUCUGCACACUUUGCAGCCAACUCCUACUCUAGUGCCAAGCUACAGCACCAGCACUCCGGUCUACAACUACCCACCGGGUUGCUACCCCCAAACCAGCCUUUCUUCUGGAUACAGCCACCCCAGUGCCUCCUAUCUUCCCUCAGGAAUUAGCGCUCCCACACCUUUAGCCCCUCGGCCUACCGUGGUCGGAGGUAGUUACAGUUACCCAUGCCACAACCUUGGAGGGAGCAUUGAUGGAGGUCUUAAACGCAAGGCCUUUGAGAUGACAGAUGAAGUACAGGAAGAGGUAGAAGCAGAGGGAUCACGCUACAAAAAGUAUGGCAACGGUCCAGGAAACAGUCACAGCAAAGGUAACGGUAAUAGCCGGGCCAAUGGCUAUGAUGUUAGCCGUCCUGCCAAUGACCAGCAGGCCUACAAAUCUGGAAAGCCCCUGAUUACACCUCCAUACAACAGAGCAGGGAACUAUAGCCCACCGUCAGGCCUUGCAAGGGAAAGCGUAACAGGGGAGCACAGCUUUUCUCAGCAGCAAACAAUGUCUGUGAAGAUACCUGCGUCUCACACACGAGCUGAGGACACCACUGGUGGCCACUGAUGAUCCCAAUCAACAUCAGAGAGGAGUACCUAAAGACUGAGGGGUUCUGGAACAACACUGACUUGUUCUGCAAAAGGUGUAAUCUCUCUGGCAAACACAAGAGGGCACAAGACUUCUAUUUCUUGUGGAUGUCCAUCAUUUGUCUUUCCUCAUAUUUUUCCAAAGAUUCACAAGUGUUAGGUUGGACUAUUCUCUACAUAGACAGUCUAAAUAUCAGAGUGUCUCUUUCUCUCAGGAUCUUAUCUAUUUCGUUUUGGCUACUUGGUGUUGUUUAAGAAGUUGGUGUACUAAUUUGUGGCCAUUAUUUAUGUAAAAAGGCCUUUGACUGCAAAAAUGCUCUUUAGCACCACAAAAUGACCAAAAAGGAAAGCAAGCAAUAACUAAAAUGUUGAGAUUGCCGUUCUACUUUAGCAUAAUCACUGAUAAAUCUGACUGUAGGCCUUGGUGUGUCAUUGGGCCUUGGGAGAUUAAUAUCAUAGUUCUCUCUCCUCUUCCUUUUGCAUUUAUUUCCUAUCGUGGAAACCUAUCUUUUCUGCUCAACAACAGUCAAUGCUGAACAGCUUAAAUAAACAUACAGUGCUGUGAUAAAAUAUUUGUUACAGAUUUCUUCAAGUUUUAAUUUUAUCAAUAGUGUUUCAGGUCAAUUAAACUCUAAAUAGCACAGUAAAAAUUUCAAAAUGUUGAUUUCAUUCAUUAGAGGAAAAAAACAAACCAACCUGAUCCUUCCUGAAAAACUAAUCCCCCAUCACCUUUUUGUGCAAACAACGAAAAUAACAAGAACUAUUAAGAAUUUGCUUUGAGGUUAUAUAUACAUAUAUAUAUAUAAUUUUGGUCCACUCUUCUUAGGUUUGUGUUAAUUCAGUUUCAUUGUAGUGCUUUAGAUCUUCUAGACUUUGUUUAAGGUAAUGCCACAGCAUUUCAAUAAGAUCAAAGUCUGGAUUCCUUUAGAUGCUGUUUUGGGUUCUGAUUUGACCACCUAGAGGCAUUGUUGAUGCACUUUGGAGUAGUUUUGGUAGGUUAGCAACUCCCUGGAAGGUGGGCUACUUUUCAAUGUCAACUCUAUUGUUGUUGAUGACACAUUGUGUGUCCCUGGAGUCAUAAAGCCUUUUGUUUCCCAGAUGUUCCUGAAUUUCUUUAGAUUGGGGAGAAUGGUGUGUAGCUUUUUGACUGACAAAUCAUCUCCUCAGACAGAUUCUUUUCAACUGAUUUCUUGAGUGUACAGGUCUGGUUGUGUCUGGGGAAAUUGAACCAGUAGUAGUGGAUAAUUACACUUAAUUAAUAGGUUAGCAGAAAGGGAUACAUUUAUUUUUUUACAUUUAGGCCCAGGUUGAUUUGGACAACUUGCUAUAAUAAAUGAAAUCUUCAUAAAAUCAUUAUUCUGAACCAAGUUGUGUUUGACUAAUAUUUGAACUAUUCAAGGGGAAAUACUUUUUCAUAGCACUGUAUAAAAAAACCUUAAGCAAUAUACAUGAAGUCACUGUUUAAGCUUAAUUCUACUACCAAUGAUUUUAGAUUUUAUUUUCAUUCGAAUGUAUUUAGCAUUCAAAAAUUGCUAGUCAUGACACAAAUAUCUGUAGGUUGUCUUCUAAUGGUGUAGUUACCAGGCACAUUUGUGGAUAGCUUAAGAAAACAUUACUAGCCUCCAGUUUAGCAUCCACUAAAGGUUGCUUCUUGUUUGGAUGCUCUUCAUGCAGGUUCCAGGGCCUCAAACACUUUCUGCUCAACAUUAUAGUCUUUAUGAAGAAUUGCCUGCUUAUCUGCUUUGAUUUACUCUUUUUAAUAUGCAAUCUCAUUACUUAACCCUAUUAGAAGGAUGAUUUAUAGACAUGUUAUUGAAAAACUCAGGAAGAAUAUUGUUACCUCAGAAUGAUAAAAGUAAGAAUGUAUGUUAUAACCUUAGGGUGUUGGUAGUGAGCUUUAUGGAGCAAGAUGGUGAAAGAAAACAGAGCCAUGGCUAAAAACUUCAGGGAAACCACAAACGUUCAUGCCUUCAAUAAUAUAAAAUGUCAGCAUGCUCACACAAUUGCACACAUAGGCAAACACAAUCCCAUCCGUUUUAUUGCUCUGGGAAACUUGAAGUUUUCUUACCAAGGCCCGAAAUGUUGAAUGUAAUUCAGAUAUUUUUUUUAAGGACAAUACAUGCCAUAAUGUACAUCAGUGAUGUUUUUAGAUAUAUAAGACAUAUUUUCUUUGUGUAUAGCUGUAAUUCUCCUGUAGGUUUUGGUGGAAAAAUUUAUGCUAUGCUAAGUGUUAGUGUAGUUAGUGUUAGGGAAAAGGUUUUGAAGACCAGCUGUCAAAACAAAGCACUCCUAGUAAAAAACAAAAAAAAAACAAAAAAAGAAACAUUUCCAUAUAUCAACAUCUACAUCAUGUUGGAAUGGUUACUAAAUGUCUUAAUUAAAAGUCAGCAGUUCACUGUAACUUUUUUUCAAAUUUGAAUCAAAAUCCAUAAAAUAAUUGAUAAGAUGUUGCUCUAGAAGUUAUUUGGUGAUAUUAUCUUGCAAGAGUGGGAUGAGACUUUGCUGUCUCCUUAAAAACUCAGACAUCAGAAUAAAUGUAAGUGUAGAAACUUGCCCUUUUUAAAAAACAAAAACAAACUUGUGUUAAAAUGUCGCAAACAAAUCCUCUUUAAACAAAGUUCUGUACUUUUUUAAAGAAAAAAAUACAAAUAUUAAGAAUGGAUGAAAGCAACUUGACUAGACUUUUAUAAAUUUCAAGCGCUUAACUGAAAGGACUAUAUGGUCUUCAGUGCCACACAAACUGCAUGUUUUAUAGUAGAAUACACACAGCAGCAAUUAUUUCAAUUUUUUUUGUUUCUCUGAUGUAGAGAAGGAUGUGGAGUCAAAUCUGAGUUUCUGUGUUAUCUUUUUAAUUCACUCAUCAUCAUUUCUUCUACAUUCUCCAAAACUGUUUCUACCUCAUUUUUAAGACAUUGUACAUGGCGAUAUUUAUUUCAAGUCAUUUUUAGAUGCCAGCAUAAAGAGCAAUGUUUUUUGCUGUUGACCUGUUUAAGUCUACCUCACUACUGUCAUGUUCUAUCAGAUGAAAAUACACAAAAACAAAUCAUG